UAGCACGCACCAGUUUUUGGGCAGGUUCUCCAAAUUGGAUGUCCCUGAGGUUGCAUCGGGAGCGUCGGUGCGCGGCCAUUUCCAGAUCUUUCCAUGUGGACUCUGGCCGGGACACUCGAGGACACUCUCAGAGUUAUUCUGAAGCUUUGAACCUUUGUUAUCUUCACUGUGCGGCUGAGGGUUGUCGUCCUGUUGGAAGACAACCCUUUGCCCCGUAAACUGUAAACAAGACGUUUGGUAUAAUCUGGUUUUCAGGAGAUGAGGAUUAAAUAGAGCUGGGUGAAAGUGUGUGGUUUGAUGUAUUUAUGAAUCUCUAGACAAAAUGUUUUUUUAAAGCCUUGAUAAAAAAACACCUGAUGGAAAUCUCACCAUUGUUUUGCGAGCGUUAAUCCGAGGUUAUCGUGACCUUAAAAUAAAACUCUUAAAAAACAUUUUACAUGAUUUGUGACACUUGCCAAAAAAGUCAGUGCAGCACCGACUUUGUCACCGAAACGUGAUUCUCUUAUUUCCUCCGUUUUAACCUCAAAGCUAAUAAAGUGAUGACACUUACCCAAGUUACCCAUCAUGCACUGGGGCAGAGCAGGUCCAGGUGAGCGUGUGAUAAGAUAAAGGGUCGACGCGUGAGCUGCCAGAUCGUCUGAAGCUGCAGCACUGCGUGGAGUUUCACCUCUGGACAAAAGUCGUCGACGUUGUCUUGACAGUGAAGAUGAAGUCUGUGAUUCUACUCAUGGUUGCCAUGGUGACUCUGACCAGAGCUGAGGAGCUGAAGAGUGACGUUAUCGAAGAAAAACCUGGAAACAAAACUGCACCGUCGGCUCAACAAGGAGAAUUUUUGUCCCCUGAAGAGAUCAGUGUUCUUUCCACUGGUUGGACGAACCUCGACAGGCGCCGUUUUCUUGUCGUCCCGUUUCCGAUGACCUGGGCCAACGCUGAGAGGAACUGUCAGUUACUGGGAGGAAACCUCGCCUCCAUUCACAGCGUCACUGAAUACAGGAGGGUUCAGCGGUUGAUCCUGGCGGUCACCGGCUCGUUUCCUCACACGUGGCUCGGAGGCUCCGAUGCAGAACAGGAAGGAACCUGGUUCUGGAGCGAUGGUUCCCUUUUCAGGUUCAACCACUGGGGUCCAGGACAACCUGACAACUACAUGUCCUCACACUGUCUGGUCAUGAACUUCGGAGAGGAGAAGAAAUUUGACGACCAGCUUUGUCGCAACGAGAGAAUUUCUGUCUGCUCCAGAGACUGAUGUGUGGAGAAGACGUUGUCCAGUGACGGUGGACGCGUUUGUGUCUUCAUCCUCGUCAUCAUCAGCAGCAGUACGAUCUUUUUAACACACAUUAAAAAACAAAUAAAAAGACUAAU